UCUAGCCAAAGCCGAUGUAGCCAAAAUCCUAAUCGAAAAUGGAGCUAAGAUCAAUAUCAUCGAUAAGUAUGACAACACACCACUCCAUAUUGCAUGCUAUUUUGCUGAAGACGUUGCAAAGCUUCUUAUUGAAUCUGGCGCCAAUGUUAAUGUUAAAGGGCAACUUGGAAAUACACCACUUCUUGCUAGCAUCCGUCCUAAUUCUUUAAAUGUCGUGAAAGCGCUCAUUGACCGUGGUGCCAUUGUGAAUGAUGUCAAUGAUGAUGGAAACACUGCACUUCAUUUCACUUGGUACUACCAAGAUGGUUCAACUUUGUUGGUCAAACUUUUAAUCCAAAAUGGUGCUGACAUCAAUAUUCGCAACAAUGAGGGAAAGACGGCAGAUGACUUGUAUGGCGGGGGUAUCUUAAAGGUUAUUUCAAAACUGUACUCACCAACCGAAAAUGAAAAUAUGGAUGCAGCUCAAGCUGUGAUUGAAAGUGGAGUCAGUGUAAAUGCAAGCGAUGAACAAGGUCAAACGUUGCUACAGUGGUCAAUUGUUUUUGAUGAAACAAAUCUUGCCCAAUAUCUUAUUGAAAAUGGUGCCGAUGUUAAUGCUAUACAAUUAAAUGGAUGGUCGGCAGUACAUGUUGCAGCACAAAAAAACAAUGCGGACGUAGUCAAGGCUCUUCUUCAAUACGGCGCCGAUGUGGAUACAAGAGACGGAGUUGGCGAAAGCCCUCUGCAAGUAGCUGCACUUUACGGCUCAGAUGAUGUGGCGAAGGUUCUCAUUGAAAAUGGAGCUGAUAUCAAUGCCGAAGAUAUUACAAAACAAACACCAUUUUACAUAGCAGUUAAAAUGCUGAAUACGAAUGUUAGCAAACUGCUAGUUGAGGCUGGUGCAGACGUCAACGCUAAUUUCCCGAUAUUUUGGAUUGCAGCCAAUAAUUUGGUGGAUGUAUUCAAUCUUGUCAUUGAAAAAGGCAUCCAAAUUAAUCCGAGGACUGAAAACAAAGACGUUCCUCUCCAUACGGCUGCCAUGAAUGGCAAAACAGAAAUGGGUCGACUUCUAAUUCAAAACGGUGCCGAGGUGAAUGCGAAAAAUAAUCAAGGAGAAACACCGAUUUUUAAAGCUGCAUACACUGGUAGUGGUGAAUUCGUAAGGAUGCUCAUUGAAUCUGGUGCCGAUAUCAAUGCUAGAAAUAAUAACGGCAAAACUCCAUUGCAGAUUGCUGAUCAGAUGAACAUCACCGGUACGGCGAAAGAGGUUCUCAACGAAUAUGGUGCCGAAGAAGGAGUUCCAGAUACAUUAGAAGAACAAUGGUGCAAACGAUUUGUAUGUGAUUUGUAGCUCAACGAGAGUUUUUAAACUCAAAUUUGAAGAUUCUUCGUCAAAUAUUUUGAUCGGUUUAGAAUAAAUUAAAACAAAACCUUUCAUAUUUGUGAAACACAUUCUUGUUGCUAUUCAUUAGUAAAUAGAAUUAAACAAUUUCUUUUAAAUGUUGUAAUCAGAUGUCAAUAAGUUGAA